AUGGCGCCGCGUCGCCCUCGCAAGAAGCGCCGGAUUCCUGGUGCCACGGCCACGCCGGCGCCGGCGUCCGACGCCUUGCUCUCUCUGCCUCCGGAGGUACUCGACGAGAUCCUCACCCGCCUUGACCUCCGCGACGCCGUCCGCACCUCCGCGCUCUGCCGCGCCUGGCGGCGCCGCUGGGAGUCGCUCCCCUCCCUCGACAUCUCCACCCCCUUCGGCGAGCAGCCGCUCUGGACCGUCGAUUGCGUCCUCCCCCGCUGCUCCGGCCGUGUCCGACGCUUCCACGCCUCCCUCGACGAGCUCUCCGCCCGCCGCCUAGACGACUGGCUCCUCAUCCUCUCCCACCGCGGCGGCGUCGAGGAUCUCGAGCUCAGUCCUCCGUACCCCUACAAGUUCUUUUCCCUACAUUCCACCAUCUUCUCCUGGCGCCGCCUCAUCUCCAUCGACCUCUUCGCCUGCGACAUACCGCUGCUACCCCAGGACUUCGAGGGGUUUCCGGACCUUAAAGUGCUAAGCCUUGCCAAUGUGAAGUUACAGCAGAAAGGGGAGUAUCAACUGGAGGAGAUCAUCGAGACAUCCCCAUUGCUCGAGAAGCUGAUACUAAGUGAAGUCUGUAUCGGCGGGGACGACUUCAUAGAAUGGGAGAUCCAGGCGCACAAUCUGCGGCACAUAACAAUUUGCUCAAAUAUCGAUUAUGGCUGGAAUUUUGCAGAGUUGCCAUGCCUGCACUCUGCUGUCAUUGAUUUGUGGGAGUAUGUUGGUGGCCGAGAUUUCGCCAAGUUCCUUGCUGGGCUUGUUCAAGUAAAUGGGAUUAAGAUAUUGGAGACACUUCCAUGCACCUUCAACAACUUGAAGAGCUUGAAACUGUUCAUGCACUUCUGUGAACUGCCCCCCAUUUUGUUAGUGAUUUGCUUCCUAAGGAGUGUUCCAAAUCUUGAAAAGCUUAAAAUACGGAUUUAUUAUGGCAAAGAGCAGAAAGUUGAGGCAAAUGGGGAGUUUCUAAAUGCACAGUGGGCUGAUGGCAUGUGUGCCAAUCUUCAGAUUCUGAAGAUGACUGGUGCUGCAGGAUAUUAUUAG